UUUUUUCAUCCAGCUACGAUUUGAGGACGACGACUGUAACUGUUAUUACUAGAAAGAGGACGGUAGCAGGGGCUAUAAAUCUUCGGGGGACAACUUGUCUUUGGUUGUUUCACUGGACGAAAACAAUGUUGGCAGCUGUGCUGUGCUCGUUAGUUGCGGUUGCAGCGUCCAUUCCCCUUGAGCUCAGUGGAAGUGCCAUCGAUCAGUGGAAGAUCGAUGCUGAGGGGUGCGGCAAGCGAAACCCUCCCUACACCCGGGAUGCAGAGCACUAUGUGGUGGGGGGGAGUGAGGCAUCACCAUACACCUACCCCUUCAUCUGCGCCCUUUACUACGGCACCUCCCAGAUCUGUGGCGGCUCUUUAAUCAGGAACUUGGCCGGCAACUACUGGUUUGUCACCGCCGCCCACUGCGUGGAUUCUGGAGCAGUUGCCCAGUAUUCCAUCAGAUGCGGUGUGCACGACUUGCGGGCCACCAGCCAGCCGUUUGAGUUCAAGCCCGCCAUCCAGGCCCGCAUCAUCCACGAGUCGUACAGCUCGUCCACCAUCAAGAACGACAUCGCCCUCUUCAGACUCAGUCAGACCGGCUUCCCUAGGGAGCGCAUCAGUGCCGUGUGCAUCCCCACCCAGGACUACAGGGAGGGAGAGAACUCCACUGUGCUCGGCUGGGGUACUCUGAGAGAAGGUGGCUCGUCCUCGUCCCUCCUGCAGGUAGCCUCCAAGCCUGUGGUCAGUGACACCACCUGCAGGACCGCCUACGGCUCCAGCUUCGAUGCCAACAGCAUGGUGUGCGCCGGUGUCUACCCGACAGGUGGCAUCGACGCCUGCCAGGGUGACAGUGGCGGUCCUCUGGUCGCGGAGAGAAAUGGAGAGCUUCAACUCAUCGGUAUUGUGAGCUGGGGAUACGGGUGUGCUCGUCCCUACUACCCGGGAGUGUACUCAGACGUGCUGAGACUCAAGACGUGGCUCAACUCCAAGAUUAAUGCAUAAUUGAGAACAGAUUGCUCUGUUGAACAAUCGCGGAUUCCUACCUGUCAGCGAGACAUUUUGCAUUAAAUAUUCGGUGGAAACUGUA